AUGGCUGCAACGAAGCCAAAACCAAGAAGCUUCGUGCAUCUUGAACCAAGUCAGGACGAGGACCCAAAGCAGCAAGUGCCGUACCGAGGUGAAAAAAUGGUUAUAGCGACGGUGGCAUGGUUUGCCACCACCUCAAACGCACAGUUUGGAGGAGGUAAACGACAUCUAGACCCCGGAUUUAGCAAGCCUGUCAAAGAUCCAAACUAUGACAGACCAGCCAGUGUAGGAGAUCCAGGUUUCACCAGGCCUGUCAAGGACCCAGAAUACAACAGACCAGCCAGUAUUGGGGACCCAGAUUUCACCAGGCCUGUUAAAGAUCCAAACUAUGACAGACCAGCCAGUGUAGGAGAUCCAGGCUUCACCAGGCCUGUCAAGGACCCAGCCAGUAUUGGGGACCCAGGUUUCACCAGGCCUGUCAAGGACCCAGCCAGCAUUGGGGACCCAGGUUUCACCAGGCCUGUCAAGGAUCCAGAAUACAACAGACCACGCAGAGUAGGGGACCCAGGCUUCACGAGGCCAAUCAAGGACCCAGAAUACAACAGACCAGCCAGUGUAGGAGACCCAGGCUCCACCAGACCUGGAAAUAUAAUCGCAGAGGUGUUCGCAUUCUAUGUCACUAUAGUGCGUGCACAAUAUAAUGAAGGUGAUCGCCACGGAGUUUCAGAGCCAAGCGACUUUGCCAUUGGAAGUGAUUCGGACUUCAGACGGCACAGUGAAAAAAUACAUGAAGACUAUUACAUUUCUAAGCACAUCAAUCAACAAGAUUUCCGGGGAGCAAGUGAUGAUAUAGCUCCCCAUUUCAUCAACCAUAUUGUCAAAACUUCGCGCUCCAGUUCAUAUCACCCAUCUGUAAUCUUAGACAGGAGUGCUAGAUCGGUUCCUAUAGCACCAAACUUACGACCCCUUCCAUACAAUCCCAAUCUGAGACCUAUACCCUCUGACCCUAACCUUCAUCCCAUACCCUCAAGUCCCCCAAACUUAAAACCGAUACCUUCAGAUCCAAAUAUUAGGCCUAUACCCUCUGACCCUAGCUUGCAUCCCAUACCCUCAGAUCCCAAUGUCCAGCCACUCCCAUCAGAUCCAAAUUUAAAACCUAUUCCUUCAGAUGCCAAUCUUAGACCUAUACCUACUGACCCUAACCUCCGCCCCAUACCGUCAGAUCCGAAUUUAAAACCCAUACCUGCAGAUCCCAACCUUAGACCUAUACCCUCUGACCCUAACCUCCAUCCCUUACCAUCAAAUCCCAAUGUCCGUCCGAUCCCUUCAGAUCCAAACCUAAAACCGAUACUUUCAGAUCCCAAUCUUAGACCUAUACCAUCUGACCCUAAUCUUCGUCCAAUACCCUCAGAUCUCAAUGCCCAGCCUCUACCUUCAGAUCCAAACUUAAGGCCCAUCAGUUGA